CAGCAGAGGAGCCCAAGGAGCUGCUGCAUCAGCGCGCACAAAAAACGCCGCGAGUGUGCUGACAGGUUGACGUUAGCCGAACCCAUCUAUAAAUCACUCGCCAGCUCGGUUUUCGUGUAACUCACGCCUGCGGCGCAAACCCUAACCAGACCUCCACCGGCCUCUGCCGCGGCGACGGUCGCAGCGCUGCCAAUAUGCACCAGCCGCACCUCUCAUUUGCUUUCCUCCACAGCCACGAUGUGAAAGAAGCAAUACCAACGUUGCGCGCCCUGCUCGCGCUGCUCCCGGCGCUCGUCGCGCUGGCCUACGGCAUCGUCAGGCCAAAACCACAAACGCCGCCGCGCCGGGCCGGCGCCCUCGACAAAUGGAGAAGCGCGCUCGCAUCCCUCGCCGUCGUCCUGCUCGUGGCGCGGUCGGUUGUGGGAAAAGGCCAAGUCGCGGCGCUCACCGCGGCCGGCGCCGCGGGCGUCCUGGGCCUCCUGGCCAACGAAGAGGCCGUUUUAGGAUUGGGCGAGGCCUGGCCCACGCGCAUGGCGUGGCUCUGCGUCGCCGGGGCGUCGGGUUGGGACCUCGCGCGGAGCCACGACACUGUAGAUAAGUGGCUCUCAGCAAUCGCCUUCACGAUAACAGCAUCAUCAGCCAUCGCCUACGCCCUCUUCAACGCCGCAGCUAGAAGAAAGCCUAUCAAUGAAGAGGGCUACGCUCUACUCGAAGAAGAAGACGAGUCCCCGGAGGACGCCGCCGGCCCGGCGUCGACAGGAGUCUUCGCCUGGAUGUCUCCUUUGUUGGCAAAGGGCUACGCGCGACCCCUAGAAGCGCGGGACCUCUUCCCUCUCAUUCGCGAAGAUGACCCGGACGCCGUCGCUUCUCGCCUCCGCCACUCGCUACAAUCAAAGCCGAAGCUCGUGAAGGCUCUGAUUGCGGCCUUCGGGCCCCACUUCUUCGUCGGCGGUUUGUACAAGCUCGUUUAUGAUAGCACACAGUUGUUAGUGCCGGUACUGCUGAAUAGGUUCCUGAAGGUGCUCGGAAAGAACGACACCCAAGCCUACAAGAUCGCGGGCCUCAUGGUCGCCAACGCCAUUCUCGCUACACUGUUAUUACACCAGUAUUUUCAGAGGACAUAUAGGACUGGCAUGCGCCUGAAAAGUGCCGCCAUCUCCCUCGUCUUCGACAAGGCGCUCGUGGCGCGGAGGCAAGCUGAGACCGAUGAGGACCAGGAGAAGGGUGCUAAGAAGCAGGCGCUCGUCACGAAUUUGAUGAGCGUCGACGCGCAACGUUUGCAAGAUAACAUGACGUACAUGUUUUCCAUUGUUUCCGGGAUUUACCAGAUUGUGGUCACGAUGUAUUUGCUAUAUGGCCAGCUCGGCUAUGCGGCCUUCGGUGGGUUGGGGGUUAUGUUGAUAUUCCUACCUGUUACGCAACGUAUCGUACUACUUACUCGCGAUUAUCAAAAGGUCGUGUUACAGUACAAAGAUAAACGUAUCAAGUUGCAAACGGAAGCGUUGGGUGGCAUGAAGAUCGUGAAGUUGUACGGCUGGGAGGACCCUCUUGGUUCGGAACUGAAGCGGCUGCGCGAGAAGGAGCUAUCAGCGUUGUGGCACUACAAACUUGCUGGAGUGUUCAGUAGAUGUGUCUUCGCCGUCGUUCCCACAGUAGUAGCCGUCGGUACCUUCAGUCUGUACGUGCUGACGGGCCACGAGUUAACCGUAUCUCGCGUCUACACGACGCUAGCUUUAUUUAACGUGCUGCGGUUUCCUUUAAUGAUGGUGCCUCGGGCCAUAUCCUCAGCCGUGGAAGCUUUACUGUCCGUCGAUAGAAUAGCGCAUUUCUUAGAUGCGCCCGAGGUUUCUAAGUUACCUUCCGAAAGUAGCGACGAUUGCGCUCUAUACCUCGACAACGCGCAUAUCAGGUGGCCCGGGACAUCUAACAACGUUCAAGGCGCACCAUUACUGAGAAGAGUCACGGCAUCGAUCAAGAAAGGAUCGUUGUGUGCUAUCCUCGGAGAGACCGGGGCCGGAAAAAGUGGCUUACUCUCAGCUUUAUUGGGCGAGUGCGACGUCACGUCUGGCCAAUUGGGCGUCUUCGGCCGCAUCGCCUAUUGUGCCCAAUCAGCGUGGAUCCAGAACGCUUCUUUGAGGGAAAACAUUUUGUUCGGUGCAUCGUACGAUAAAAAACGGUACCAGGAGACCAUAAGGAGGUGCGCCUUGAGGGAUGAUUUAAAAGCGUUGGCCGACGGUGAUAGGACGCAAAUCGGCGAGAAGGGUUUAACUUUGUCAGGUGGUCAGAAACAACGAGUCGCGUUAGCUAGAGCUUUCUACGCGGGCGCGGACGUUUACUUGUUUGAUGAUUGCCUAUCAGCAGUAGAUGCCCACGUCGCCGCGCAUUUAUUUUCGGAGUUAGUCUGCCAUUUGCGAGAUACGGGCGCGACGGUGGUGCUAGUGACGCAUAACCUCAGUACGAUACGGCGGUGCGACGUCGUCCUCGAGCUGAACAAGGGCGAAGUGUCCUACGUCGGGAACCCGCAAGAGUACCUCGAAGAGGGCCAGAAGAACCCCGAGGCCCACCCGUUAGCUGCUUUGGCACUGAAACACAAGCAGAACGGGUCGUCGUCGUCCCUGGUUUCGAUGGGCAAGGACGUAUCGUCCGAAUCAUCGGACGACGAAGUCGAGACUCAGAACGGUGUUACUAUGAACACGACGGAGCACCGCACUAGAGGUGUGGUGAAGAGUGAGACGCGGGCGGCUUAUCUCGCGGCGACGGGCGGGCUCGCGAUGGUCAUCUUAGUUGUUACGGCACAAAUUAUGUACCAAGCCUCGACCGUAGCCACGAGCUGGUGGCUGGGCUACUGGAGUGCGGGCGCUGGGUAUGCUAAAAAAAUAAACGCGUCCGAGGGGCUAUCGGUCUACGCUGGAUUAUCAGGCAUCGCCGUUUUACUCUCAGUCGUAGCCUACGGCGUCGCGUCGAAGCUCGGCCAGAACGCGGCACGCUCAUUACAUAACCAGAUGUUGGAUGGACUGCUGAAGGCACCGAUGGCUUUUUUUGAUCGCACACCUCUCGGACGAUUGGUCAAUUUAUUCUCGAAGGAUUUGUAUACGAUUGAUGAGGAGUUACCCGUGACAUUGGCGAUGUGGCUCUCUGUUGCUACUUCCUGUUCCGCGACAAUAGCCACCGUAGCGUUCGCGACGCCGUGGUUUUUAGCUGUCGUCUGUCCUCUCGGGUUCCUGUAUUUUGGUACCAUGAAGUACUUCAUCCCCAGUGUCAGGGAGCUCAAGAGGUUGGACGCUACGAGUCGCUCUCCGGUUUUCUCCGCCUUUGGCGAAGCGCUCGACGGGGCCACGACCAUCCGAGCGUUUCGGGCCGAGGAACGGUUCUCCCGGGAUCAGUCUACCAAGCUCAGGACUAACCUAAAAGCCUACUUCCUGGGCACGGCGUGCAACCGGUGGCUCGCGGUGAGAUUGGAGUUCCUAGGGACGCUAACUACGGGUGCCGCGGCCUUCCUCGCGGUGGCGGGCAACACCGCACCGUACAAAGCCGGCCUCUCACUGACCUACGCUCUCAGUGUGACGCAAGCGUUAAAUUGGUUCGUGCGCAUGAACGCGGACCUAGAAAACAAUUCCGUGGCCGUCGAGCGCGUCGUCGACCAGAGUAGAGUAGUUGCUGAGAAAGAUGGGAGCGAGGAGCCUCCAGCAAAUUGGCCGUCGCACGGCUCCUUGGAAGUCUCGAAUCUGAAACUAAGAUAUAGGCCGGAGCUGCCCCUCGUGCUGAAAGGCCUGACGUUUUCUGUCGAGGGCGGGACGAAAUUAGCCUUGGUGGGUCGAACCGGUUCGGGGAAGUCGUCGUUCUUACUAGCUUUGUUGAGGUUGGCGCCACCUUCUUCCGGAAGUUCUAUUAGUGUGGACGGCGUCGACGUCCUACGGUGCUCUUUAGCAUCCUUACGACGUAGAGUCAGCAUGAUCCCGCAGGACCCCGUACUCUUUUCGGGGGACGUGCGGUUCAACGUCGAUCCUUUCAACGCGUCGUCGGACGAGGAGGUUCGUAGAGCUCUGGUGGAUGCGCAAUUGGAAGCUCGCACAUCCCUAGACGCCCAGGUCGAGGAGGGCGGCCGCAACUUCUCGUUAGGUGAGCGGCAGCUGCUUUGUUUAGCAAGGGCGUGCCUACGACGGUCGAAAUUGCUGCUGCUCGACGAGGCGACGUCGGCAGUGGAUGAAGCUCUCGACGCGGCCGUUCAGAGAGCUAUUAGAAGGACGUUCCGGGACGCUACCGUGGUCUGCAUCGCCCACCGGAUCAACACUAUUAGCGAUUACGACCGCGUGCUGGUCUUGGACGAUGGGGAGGUCGUCGAGGACGGCGUGCCGGCGGUGCUCGCGAAGGAUCCCCAGUCGGUAUUCGGCGGACUGGCGCGGUCGCACGACGAGGGGGUCUAACAUUAACUUGUGUG